AAAAGUACAACCAUAAUGAUGCGUGGGGCGGGGAAUGAUCUAAAGUUAUUUAGCGUAAUACGGAAAAUUUGAUUCGUUCUCUGUGGGAUAAAUUGCUCGGUCCAGGGUUCGCUAGCUUGCCUCAUGUAUCUCCUAGAUCAUUCGACUGAUGAAGAUACCCCAAUGCUGUUUCCAUUUUAAUUUUGCGCUACUAGAAUAAUUAUUACAUUGCAGACCUUUUCAGUUCCGCUAUCAGAAGAAACAGUAUUUUAGCACUGGAGCCUGCGGUCUCUAGCUAGCUCUGUAGGUUCACAAUGAUAUUUUCACCUAGCUACCAGCCAAGCAGGGGAAAAUUCAGCCCGACACUGACAGUCCUAGCUGGCUAUCUCCAACCUAUCAGCUAUCAGAUAUGAGGGGAAUGACAAGGCGCUAGUUAGCUACUGUCGAGGAGUGGGCUUUGAGUGAGGGUAGGGUCAGACAUAUGAAUGCAAUGCCGAACAAAACGAAAAAAGACAAGGAAUUUCAGAAGUCUGGAAAAGUAGGUAAAACUACAGGACCAGAACAUUCGGAUCAUGAGGGAUCAAAUAGGAAGGGCAGCAGUAGCAUGCCACCCACCACACAACUGCUGAAGGGGAAGCAGUCUGGAUCUCAGGUCACUGUCAAAAAGGAAAAGAGGCAAAGCUCUUCUCGCUUCAGCCUUAGCAAUAACAGGGAGCUCCAGAAACUGCCUGCCUUCAAAGAUGUUCCUCCAGUAGAGCAAGAGAAGCUGUUUGUGCAGAAGCUGCGGCAGUGCUGUGUGCUGUUUGACUUCGUGUCCGAUCCACUGAGCGACUUGAAAUGGAAGGAGGUUAAGCGGGCAGCACUCAGUGAGAUGGUGGAGUACAUCACGCACAACAGAAACGUCAUCACAGAGCCCAUCUACCCAGAGGUGGUGCACAUGUUUGCAGUCAACAUGUUUAGGACGUUGCCACCCUCAUCCAACCCAACGGGGGCCGAAUUUGACCCAGAGGAGGAUGAGCCCACGUUGGAAGCAGCCUGGCCACACCUACAGCUCGUCUAUGAAUUUUUCCUACGGUUUUUAGAGUCUCCAGACUUCCAACCAAACAUAGCCAAAAAGUACAUUGACCAGAAAUUUGUCAUGCAGCUCUUAGAACUCUUUGACAGUGAAGACCCUCGAGAAAGAGACUUCCUGAAGACUACUCUCCAUCGUAUUUAUGGCAAAUUUCUAGGCCUCAGAGCAUACAUCAGGAAGCAAAUUAAUAACAUAUUCUAUAGGUUCAUUUAUGAAACAGAACAUCAUAAUGGAAUAGCCGAGUUGCUGGAAAUAUUAGGAAGCAUAAUCAAUGGUUUUGCCUUACCACUGAAAGAAGAGCAUAAGAUUUUCCUGUUGAAAGUUUUAUUGCCCUUGCAUAAAGUCAAGUCUCUCAGUGUUUACCACCCACAGCUGGCAUACUGUGUAGUGCAGUUUUUAGAGAAAGACAGCACACUCACUCAGCCGGUGGUGAUGGCUCUUCUGAAGUAUUGGCCAAAGACCCAUAGUCCAAAGGAGGUGAUGUUCCUCAAUGAGCUGGAGGAGAUCCUGGAUGUCAUUGAACCCUCUGAGUUUGUCAAAGUAAUGGAGCCACUCUUCAGGCAGCUAGCAAAAUGUGUCUCCAGUCCACACUUUCAGGUUGCUGAGAGGGCUUUGUACUACUGGAACAAUGAAUACAUUAUGAGUCUUAUCAGUGACAAUGCAGCAAGAAUCCUGCCCAUCAUGUUCCCCUCUCUAUACCGUAACUCCAAAACCCAUUGGAACAAGACAAUCCAUGGUUUGAUUUACAAUGCGCUGAAACUCUUUAUGGAGAUGAAUCAGAAACUCUUUGAUGACUGCACACAACAGUUCAGGGCAGAGAAAAACAAAGAGAAACUAAAGUGGAAGGAGCGAGAAGAAGCUUGGAUAAAGAUAGAGAACCUUGCCAAGUCAAACCCACAGUUCCUCGUGUAUAUUGACUCCACCAGCUUGUGUAGUCCAAUGGAGAUUGAAACAGAUGGCACAGUAAUUGAUGAUGUCAUGAUGCUUAAAAAGACAGUAGAAGAGGAGGCUACUCAGCAGCUUCACAGGGACCAGAGGACAGCGCGCCCUCUCAUGCGCCGCAAAUCUGAGCUGCCUCAGGACGUAGCCACAGUAAAGGCCCUAGAAACACACCGGCGUGCGGAUGACAUUAUAGCCAGCCAUGAUAGCCACUAAAGGACCAGAGCAGCCCAGACUCAGCCCAGACUCAGCCCAGCCUUCCAUGGCUGGGCACAACAUGCCCAGUGCAAAGUGGCCCAGCAGCAGUGGGAGGGCGGCAGCAGCACAGGACAGCCAGGUGUGACCUGGAAGCACACCCGGCUCUGCUCCCAUGACUGUGCUCCCAUGACUCCCGCCACAGUGACCCUCCACAAUCCAGACCCCCCCCUAUGCUGGUAAUUUGUUUAUUUAAAUUUUUAAAGACUUUUUCAGAAGUGGUUGUUUUUGUUUGUUUGUUUUUGGUUUUUUGGUGGUGUUCUAUGCCCCCUGCCCCACGAAUCUCUCUUGUCAUGUCUUGCACUGAGUCCCACCAACCCUCCCCACCUCACCAAGCCCUCUAUUUUUGUUGUUACUAAAAAGUAGCCACUAGGAGGAAGAGACAUUUUGUACACAGGAGCACUUGCAGUCUAACUGCUGCCAAUUGUUGUUAUAUUGAGUGAAAACCUCUCAACUCUGGAUGGGCACAGAUUUGGGAUAGAAAAGUGUACAUCUUGAACUCACUCAAUCUCACUCUCCCCUUCCCCACCCCCAAUGCUACAACAGCUGCUAUUGCCUCCAGUUUGGUGCCUCAGACUGGUGGUUCAUGUAAUUUGAUGUUUGUUUUAAGCAUUAUCUUGUCCAGCAAUGGGGACUGUCAGCCAAGUGUCACUGUUUGGCAACAGAAACAGACUGUAAAGUCUGUAUUUUUCUUUUAAAAUUAGCUUGCCUGGCUUUUGGUGGCUUUCAUGUUUACUGAAUCUCUAAUGGAAUAUUCCUAGAAAUUAGGUUUUGUGCCAAUUUGUUUAUUUGUAGUACAUUUUAGAUACUACAAGACACAGCUGGCAAUAAGUUUUCCCAGAGUGAGUGGUUGUUCAAACAAUGGGGAAUGGUUGGAUGCUUUUGGGUCUCUGUUUCAUAAUCUGUUUUGGUCUGAUAUGGACAGUUUAAAUAUGGCCCUCCGGCAUGUUGAAGUACCUAAAGUAAUGAAUUCUGAACUGCACUAUAUUUUUGGCUUUGAACCAUAUUUUAGCAUUAGCAAUUUUGCUAAUUGUCAAGGCUUCAAGUUAUCUUGUUGUGUUAACUUUGAAAAUGGUCUCCUUUCUCCCUUUUUUUUCCCAAAUUUCCGGAGAGCUAGCUAUAGACCUCAUUUAUAAGUUGUUCAGUUUGUAUAAGUUAGUCAUAGAUUUGAAAGACCAGUUCUAGUUGCAUUACAAUGUAAAAUAAAGCCUUUAUCUGCAUAGAGUGCCCUUUAGAUGGCAAAUCCUUAGUAAAAUAUUGCUUUAGGUGAACUUGUUCAUCUAAAUAUCAGAAGACUUCCACACCAAUUUUCCACUACAAAAUCUGCCCAGAGGAGUUUAUCAUAUUUGCAUCCAGCAUCCUCUGACAAAGAAUGAGAUUUGGGUGAAAGCUAUUAAGCUGCCAGGCGAGACUUUUAUAGUGGCUGCAGGCGUCAAUACAUAACUAUGUAUCCUGUACUAACCUCAGUGAACAACAGAGAAAGCACUUCCUGAUAAAACUUGAAAAACAAAACUUAACCAUUUGGCCUCUGAGCACAUCAGGUCAUACUGGCCUAUCAUUAGAACACAGGACAGAAGGGUUUGUUCUGCUUUAAUGCCCCCCCUCCCCCCAGUUUGUACUCCUUAAUCUGAACCAUUGUUUGAACUUCCAUUCUCUGUAAAGUGACGAGCUGAGGAAAAGCUCAUUAACAUGACAUUCUGGGGGGUCAUGCAAGUGCUCAUUUUUUGCUUCUUUUUUUUUUUUUUUUUUUUCUCUCUCUUUGGCCUGCAUUAAUUGGUUGAUGUUUUGGUUUUAAAUGUGCAAAUUGUAAAUACAGCUACCUUGCUCUCACACAGGCCUUUUUUUUUUUUUUUAAACAAUCCAAUCACCAAUAAUUUGUUCAUUACUGGUAUUGCCCCUGUUUCUGAAGCAUGGUGCAUUUAAUUUCUUCUCCAUACUAAGACUAGUGGUACAAGCAGUAGUGUAUUUAAUCACUACUUGAGUCCAUUUCAUCCCUCUGCAAACCGCAGCUUGUUUUGGUGACUUUCUCUGCAUUAAAUGACUUUAAAAUGAAAAGCUCUGGAUGCUUUUAACCCCCUUUCAAUAAAACUAAUAUUGCAAAGUG